AUGCACGCAUCCGCCCUUACGGAUGCAGGGCGCGCUUGCACCCAGCACAGCGCCCCGAUGCUGAUGCUGUCCACCCCCCCCCAAAACAACACAUCCAGCAGCAGGCCACCAGGCUCGGCCCGCAUGCCGCCCUCGAUUGGCGCCUUCUCCAAGGCCGUGUACGGUGUGAGACGAGGUGGAAUGCCCCGUGCAAAAUCAAGCCUCGCCCAACAAGCAUACCCCUCUCGUCGCGGCUGGGGUCCAUCUCCCAAAAAAAAAACGUUCUGCCGACCACUGUCCUGGGACCACACCACAUUGACUUUGCCAUGGCAAUUGCCUGUCCCGUACAAGCCCGACUGCGCACGCAAAUUGCCUAAUUACACCACCUUCAUAACACACACUUGCUCCUCGGCGGCUGGCCCAAUGCCGCUGCACAUAUCUGAGACACCCGCCCUCCACCCCAUGCCGACGAUCGUCAAACAGUGA